AUCGAGUAUGAGCUACGCGUCACAUGGGUCUGAAGCCGCUAAACGAACUAGCGAGGUCUCCUCGGCCGUCCAAAGGACCUGAGGCUGCUGUGGAAUAUCCUUGCUUCUCUUCCUGCACAAGUGAGCAAGAAUGCUGGACAUGGGCAGCGACGGAGUACCCAUGAGGGUCCUGCAACGGGUCACGCUGAAUGACGGCUCUGAGGUACCUGUGUUGGCCUUUGGAACGGGUACAGCUCAAGCAUUUGGUGAUACCUCGAAUGUCGUUCAACGAGCUUUAGACAAGGAUCUUGUCCAUCUCGAUUGUGCUUGGUGGUAUAAGAACCAAUCCUUUACUGCUCAAGGUAUCAAGGCCAGUGGGAAGAAGAGAGAAGAAAUAUAUCUAUCGAGUAAAGGGGGAGACUUUCAUGGUGAUCCAGAAAAUUUUGACGCCAGGGGAUUCUUGGAGGUCUGUCUCAGAGACCUAGAUGUUCCCCAUGUGGACAUGUUCCUGCUGCACGCCGAUAUCCUUGUUCCAGAGGACGUCAUGAAACCGUGGAAACAGAUGGAGCAAAUCAAGCGAGAGGGAUUGGCCAAGUCCAUCGGCGUAUCAAACUUUAGCUCAAAAUCCUUGCAGAUCAUUCUGAAUCACUGCGAGAUCAAACCAGCCGUGAAUCAGGCCGAGUUUCAUCCCUACUCUCGACCCCAUUACAUGCCGUCCCUUUUACCUCUGUGCGAAGCAAACGAUAUCAAGAUUGAGUCGUUCGGCCCUUUGGUCCCUCUCAUCCGACAUACAGGUGGACCUGUGGACGAGGCGGUCCAAAGUGUGCUCCGAGAGCGAGACGUAAAAGGCGAGACAGAGGGCCAGAUACUAUUGAUGUGGAACCGACAGGUCACGAAUGGGAUCGUCAUAACCACCACAACCAAAGACUACCGCAUGGAGGAACAAGCAGCCCCAUUCUGGACGACCACUACCAUACCUCCUUUGUCGUCACAGCAUAUCGAUCGAAUCACUGCAGCGGGCGAAAGCGCACCCUACAGGCAUUGGGGGACUCAUUGGCCUUACUUGAUGCAAGGAGAAGGAGGGCAUCAAGCUUGUCCUGUUGGAUCAACCCAUCGGAAACGUCCAGAGGAUCCUUUGGCACAUCUCAGAACGGUUCGAAGCAUGAGCUCGGGAACUUGAGAUGAGGUCGCAUCAUUGCUUUGGCGACAGUCAAGUCCGUAUCGCUGCGCAGCUGCCAUACGCCAAGUCGAAGCUGGACUAGCACUCAGAUCCACGCAAAAGGAUGCAUUCGACAGGUGCUGGCCAAAGGCAGUGACUGG